CGCCGGCAACCACUGUCGUGCGAGUCGACAUCGACAAACAGCCCCAAGGGCGCGGCUCUGCAACAGCACACCGGGGGCCAGGAAUUUGGGGGCGAACAUGGAAACAGAGCUGGAGUCAGAGAGAGUGACCACUCCGCACAAGCACUACAACAAGGACAAGACAAGGUCAGUUGCUGGUUAUACCGACGGAUAUAAGCCUGCUGCCCGUACUGAAGAGAACAUGAAAUCAGAGACACCUCACUGGGAUGAAAAACUUGAAGCGUUGCGUGCCUAUCGCAAAUCCAAGGGGAUGUGUUUCACUUGUGAGGAGAAGUGGAACAAAACUCACAAAUGUCCAUCUCAAAUUCCCUUACAUGUCAUGGAAGAGUUACUUGAAGUGUUGCAGAGCGACGAAGACGAUAGCAAAUCUUCAGUUAGCUCAGAGGACGACCUAAUGUUGUUGGCACCCUUGGAAGUGUCGUCUGCUCCCAGACAACGACGGAGUAUGCGACUGCAUGGCAUGAUUGGCAAGCAACAUGUACUCAUUCUGGUAGAUUCGGGAGCAAAUGCAUCUUUCAUAAAUGCAGAAUUGGCACAACAGCUUGGCCGAGAGACGAAAGAGACACUCCCUGCUCGUUUUGUUGCAGCCAAUGGUGCACCGCUGGUUAGUGCGAAGAUGCUGCCGCAGCUACAAUGGUUUUGUCAAGGCCACUCUUUCACUCAAGAUUUGCACAUCCUACCACUGCCCUGCUAUGACAUGAUUUUGGUUGCAGAUUGGUUGGAAGAUCACAGUCCAAUGUGGGUGCACUGGAAGCGCCGCUGGAUGAAAUUUACACACCAAUGA